AUGCUUGUCGGAUGGCUUGGACCCCGAAAAGAUAUGGAGGGCUUAGAAACUAGUGCACCCAGUGAUUCAAACCAGAGACAGGCUUUCUGGCGUGCAAAAUGCCGGGUGCGUCUCUCUGCCCACAUUGAGGAGGCUUUAGGGUUACGAAUAAAACCGGACGAUGUCCGGCUGAAACCAGAUGAAGAAACGCGAUAUGAGUGGCAAAUCGAGGAUCCUACAUUGUUGCCAUUUUCUCAUAAACAACUGAGCAACCACUCCGUUGGGGCAUACAUGGCACUCUACUAUGGAGUAGGUAAGUCAUUUCGCGCUGUUGAACAUGACAGGUCACCCAAGAGACCCUUAGACCUCCCUCUCCAAGACCGGAUGUAUGCACUAGAGGUUAAGAACAAGAAUACAACCGAGGAAUUAAAAGUGACAAAAGAACAGCUUGGAGCGCUGGAGAAGGAAAUCACGUUCUUGGAGAAGGAGAACACAUCCCUGGAGAGUGAAAAAGCAGCCCUGGAGAAGGAAAACACAGCCCUGAAAGAGAGCGUACGGGAAUAUGAAGAGUGCAUAGCCAAGUAA